AUGCUUCGACGUGCUUGGAAACCCGCUGCUCUCAUAGCAAUUGGCGUCGCGACGCCGGCAUAUCUAUACAACAGAUACUCUUCCAGGUCUAAACCUCAGACUUUCGACGUAUCUAUCAAAGAGACAGGUCCGGACGGGAAAGCUCUCAUGGUCACCAAGACUUUUCCGCUCCAGUCUAUGAGCGACAUUGACCAGCGCAUCAACCAACACGCGAGCCUUGAAACGAAACCCGCUGCGCAAGGCUUGGUCUGGAAACACACAACGGCCCACCUGUCCUCAAAUGAUCCUAUAGAGGAUGCGAAUUCUCAUUCGGUGAUCGCGAAGGAACAUACAUCUCUUUCGCCUGCAGGGCAACUCUUGUUCUUCGCUGUGAUGGACGGCCAUGGCGGGUGGCACACCUCUCAGCUGCUUUCCAACGUCCUCAUCCCAGCCGUUGCGCUGGAGCUGUCGACUCUAAUCGCUAACGGCAAAGCCCCAAUCUCCAAAUCGAGCAUGCUUGACAGCGUGAAAACUCUCUUCUCGAAAUCUGGUCCCACAAUACCUCUAGACGCAGAUCCGAAAUUCGUUGCACAGGCAAUCGAGCGGGCCUUUCUCAAUCUCGAUACCCAGAUAGUCAACGCCCCCCUUCAUGUCUUAGUGGAUAACACCGACCGAACUGCUCUCGAGAAGCGGGAUAUUCCCGAUCUCAGCCAACACCCACUGGGUAUGGCUACGAUGCUUCCGGCCAUGUCAGGAAGUUGUGCGAUCUUAGCAUUGCUGGAUACCUCACACCGCGAUCUCUACGUGGCAUGCACCGGCGACAGUCGAGCUGUCGCUGGUAUUUGGGAAGAGACAGAAGACGGCCAGGGAAAAUGGCGAGUCGAAGUUCUGAGCGAAGACCAAACUGGCCGCAACCCCAACGAGAUCAAGCGAGUGCAAUCGGAGCAUCCCGUCGAUGAAGCCCAAGAUGUCAUCAGGCGAGGUCGCGUACUGGGCGGAUUAGAGCCAACGCGGGCUUUCGGCGAUGCAAGAUACAAAUGGUCUCGGGAAACUCAGGAGAUCCUGAACAAAGCCUUCAUGGUUGGUAACGGGAAGGUCAUGCGCCCAGCUCCACCGACACUGAAGACGCCUCCGUACGUCACUGCAAAGCCCGUCAUUACACACCGCAAGCUCUCCAUUCCCUACGCCACCUCAUCGCAAAAGCCGCAAUCAACCACGCGGUUCCUUGUCCUUGCGACUGACGGUCUCUGGGACCAACUCUCUUCGGAAGAAGUCGUUGCGCUCGUCGGCGGCUAUCUAUCAGGCCUCAAGGGCACAGUCUCGAAAUCUUCCCUGUCAUCUAUAGUUCCAACUACAGCUGGAUCGCCAGCCGUCGAAGGCAAAGAUAAGCGCCGAAAGGCAGACGAAGGUUCCUGGGCAUUCGUCGACAACAACGUCAGCGCGCAUCUAAUUCGGAACGCAUUCGGGGGUGGAGACGAGCAACGUUUGAGGCAGUUGCUGAGUAUUCCUGCACCGCAUUCGAGGAGAUGGCGAGAUGACGUCACUGUGACCGUUGUGUGGUGGGAGGAGAGUAAAAGCGCGAAAGCAAAGCUGUAA